AUGCAAGAAAAACCGAAAGUUUCAAUUUCAAUUCAAAAACCUUCAAAAAUAUCUUAUAAAUCACUAAAAGAGUCAACUUCAAACAAACUUUCAAAUAUUCGUAAAAGAUUAUCAACUAUAUCUAGUCUUGAUUCCGGUAUUGGUUGGUUAGAUGAAUCUGAUAAUGAAGAAUUUCAUAACCCUACACAUAAUAAUAAUUCACAAAAUACCGUUGACAAUUCAAAUAAUGAAAAUUUAACUAAUGACACGACUAAUUACGAAAAUUUUAAAGUUGAAUCUACAUCAAAACAAAUUUGUGAUAGAGAAAAUGGUUCUCCCGCGUUCGUUCCUCUAAAACCAACGGAUUGUGUCACAUCAAAAUUUAUCGAAAUAAUAGAAACAACUUCAGUCAACGAUAAACUCACUGAAAAUACCGUAUCAAGAUUAAAAUAUUCAACGUCAAAUUCUUCAAGAUCAAAGUAUUCUUUUGUACCUUAUCGUCUUACGCAAACACAUAAUCGAGCUAAAAAUACUUUAAUCACAAAAUUUAACACAUUAAAUACCUAUGUACCAAGUAAUGAACUUUCCACGAACAUCACACAAGCUCAAAUAACAAGUAAAAGUUGCACUAACUCUUCUGGAAACCGUCAAAUUCCUUCGACGAAUCUAUUGCUUGAUAUCCCUCCUCAAAAUAAUAAAAGUAAUAAUUCACAUUGUCCUGAAAUUCCCGAAAUUCCUGAAAUAGAAAGAGGAGAACAGAAAUCAAGAAACUUGGUUAAAUCAAAAGAACAUAAAAAAAAUUUAUUUGAAAAAGUUAAAUUAAAUGUUAAAAAAUUCUUAACUGUCAAGAACAAUCGGAAAGAGAAAUAUGAAGCCAAGAAUCGACAUGGAAAAACCAAUCUUUUCGAACAAUAG